CACUUUUAGCAUUGCGUCAUCUCUGACCUAUCCAAUUGGAUCGCAACAGACGAGUUGAUGGUGGCAUUCAACAACGAAAUUUGUGUGUCAACAGCGAGAAGCAGCCUCAAAUCAUUGAUAAGAAAACUAAGCGAAUACCCUACAACUGACGGUGGUGCGUAUACCUCAUUGUUGGCGAAGAUUUGAGAAGUUUUCACUUCUGAUAUUGGGUUGAUUGAAACGGUAUGGCGUUAUGUCGUGCACUUAACUGAUCAGUACUACGCAUUUAAAAAACAUUGACUCUGAAAUGGCACCAAAAAAUAAAGAAAAUUCCGGAAACUCGUCGAAAAAGUCAAAAAGAGCAAUUUCUGAAGAAGAUGACGACGACGACUACAGGCGAAGACGUGACCGUAACAAUCAGGCAGUAAAGCGUUCACGGGUAAAGAGUAAAUUACGGACGCAGCAAACUUUGGAGCGAGUUAACCAGCUGAAAACCGAAAACGAAUUGUUGGAAGAAAAGAUCAAAAUGCUAACCAAGGAGCUCGGAUUUUUGAAAGACCUGUUUUUGGCCCAUGCAGGCUCCAGUCAACACCCAAUCAAUAUUCAAGACCUAGAUUUGAACGCGUUGCUGGCAGAAGAUACGAAGUCUUCCGACGAUGUAAAACCGACAACGAAGCUGUAGGAAUGAAGAACAUAUCACUUGACUACACCAAACCAAGGGUAUUGGCACGGCCGUCCUUUAAUUUUGUCUGAAAUUACAACCAAACAGACAACGGUUGGUCCUUUCGAUUCGGUGAGAAAAUAAGAGCCUUUCCUCUUCCUCGCCCUCCUGCCGCUCCUGCCGCUCUUUGAAAAUAUUUCUGUUUGUUUAUUUCUAUCUUUAGUCAGCACCAAUGCAAAAAACCAGCAUUUUUUGAACGUAUAACGUAAAUUGACACGUUGGAAAGCAAGCGUCCCUCUUCCAACUGUCGGUGUUAGAGAUCUGCUUGAGAAUUGCUUCUCAUUGCACUAACAAUUCGAGCGUGAUUCCAAACCUCGCAUUACAACGAUGAGUUUAGGUUGGGCACGUUCUAAACGAAGAGUGUGCCCCUCAAAAAUACAUUAAACCCAAAUCUGCCGUUGAUGCAGGAAAGUAUUUUUAUACGGAGUGCAACAUGAAUUGCAACUCUGCCUAUGUUCCCAAUUCUGAAGGAAUAAAAAAUAACAUGUAUACUAGCGUAUAUGUAUACAUUAUUUGAUACGAAUUUUUCAUCUCGCUCAAGGUAAAGUUUUCGUUUUAGAAAUUAUCUACCUAUCGCGCAUUCGGUAUCUUUCAAUGAUGUUUUGUUUUUUUUCCAUUCGUAUGUUCUAUCUGCAGACGGUAAUAAUACCGUAAAAUUUUUAAUAUUCUCAUAUACAUAUAUGUAUGUAUUGACGAUAAUAUGAUAUGAUAAAUCGCAGUAUUAGAUGCUGCCCUUUAAAACUAUUUACUUAUGACGUUUUUUAGUUAGUAAGUGCCUGUAAGUACCACAUUCAUUGCAGUUGAUGGGCAAUGACCAUUUGCUACUCGAAUCGAUCUUUUUUCUUACCUACAAUCACCAGAUAAGAUCAGUGAAUUAGAGUUGUCCUACAGCUAAUUUUAUCUAUGUUUGAUAAUUAUCAGAUCACAUUUUUUUUUAUCUAAAAAUCGAAUGUACCGGUUGUCAGCGCGAGUAUAGUGUAUACAUAUACAUAUCUGUAUUAAUAGAGUACAUUUAAUUUUAUACAGAGAGUCGUAGUUAA